GGGUUUUGGCGGAUAAUAGCGCGCUUAAGUUCACAUCGAAUUGCCAAUUAAAAGUCUAAACGUUUCCGCGGUUUGAAUUUUCCACAAAAGUAGCAAAAUGUUUGAGGCGAAACUUAACCAGGGAGCUGUCCUCAAGAAGAUGCUCGACGCAAUCAAGGACCUCAUCAACGAGGGAACAUGGGACUGCAGUGCGUCGGGUAUCUCACUGCAGGCAAUGGACAAUUCUCAUGUGUCUCUCGUCGCACUUAACCUGCGCGCCGAUGGCUUCGACAAGUUUCGCUGUGACAGAAAUCUUUCAAUGGGAAUGAACCUCACAUCGAUGGCGAAGAUCCUUAAGUGUGCUGAAAACAACGAUAUCAUCACGUUAAAGGCGCAAGACGAUGCCGAUACGGUCACAUUUGUUUUCGAGUCGCAGAAUCAAGAUAAGGUAUCCGAUUUUGAGAUGAAGCUUAUGAAUCUCGAUUCAGAACACCUUGGGAUCCCUGAGACUGAUUACUCAGUUGUUGUCAAAAUGCCAUCAGCUGAGUUCCAGCGUAUUUGCCGCGAUCUCUCGCAGAUCGGCGAUUCGGUACAGUUGACUUGCACAAAGGAUGGUAUCCGAUUCUCAGCUUCUGGUGAUCUCGGAACCGGCAACAUCCAGUUGAGUCAGACGGCUGAUGUUGAAAAGGAGGAAGAGGCAGUGAUCAUCGAUAUGCAGGAGGCAGUUACGCUCACCUUUGCUCUAAAAUAUCUAAAUUCGUUUACGAAAGCAACGCCUCUUUCGACCCAGGUCUGUCUUUCAAUGUCUGCUGACGUACCGCUCGUAGUUGAGUAUAAGAUUGAGAAUAUGGGACAUCUUCGAUUCUACCUUGCCCCGAAGAUCGAUGACUCCGAGGAUAAUUAAAUAGGAAUAAUUGCGACAAUGAUGCUAGAAGUAAAUGGACUGGUUAUUAAUGCCCGUCAAUAUUAGGUUUGGUAGAAAGCUGGCAGUUUCCGAUAAAAGUUUCGAUCAGUUCUGACUGAGGCAUUGUUUUCUGGUAACACAGAUUCGGGCUACAUAAAAAUCUUCCCCGACUGUGUGAACGAUAAAUCAGCCGUGACAGGAUAGCGAACGGCGGGGUCAGCAUGAACCUGUUGAAAAAAGAAAACUUGAGAAAAAUAUAAUCAUAGUUUUGUUUACAGUGGUCACCGAUAUUUUAUAUAACUAUAUAUUUACACGAUUUCUUAACAUGCAAGCGUUCCACAAUAGUUUCCAUUAUUGUCGAACAACAACGCCACAAGUACCAGACAUAAUGAGAAAAUAAAAUGUGUGUAUAUUUUUGUAAUUA